GCUGCUCGGGGCACAGCCUCCGCUCGCUGCCUGCUACCCUCUCUCUGGUGUCUGCAGCCGGCGGAAGGCGGCCGGGCCAAGCCGGGCCAAGCUGCAGCGCUGGCCUGCUGCCCGCCUCCUGCAAGUUCAUUGGGAAUGCGGAUCAUCCCCUUUUUAUCAGGGCUUUUUUAGGAAACCGAAACCAAGAACACAGACGUGCUUGGUCCCCGCCACCCUGCAGCUCAUCCCCCGGGGCUCCCUGAAACGCCAGCUCAGCUCCGCCAAGCUUAGCCUGCCAGGCCGGACCAGAGAGCGUAGGCGAGGUCAUUGCGCGAGGUCAGCGAGGAUCGAAGGGGCCGGGCUCCAUCCCGCUCCCAGCCAUUGGGCUCCGAGGACGCAGCGGUUUGGGCUGCUCGCGGCGGGCAGCUAGCUCCUGGCGCCCCGGCAAUGGCCAAGUGCUGCUUCUACGCGGUGGGGACGCUGUCCCUGCUCCUGCUGGUCUGCAGUGUCACGCUGCUCGUGGCCCGUGUGUUCCAGAAGGCUGUGGACCAAGCGAUUGAGCAGAACACUGUGUUAAAGAAUGGUACUGAGAUAUUUGACUCCUGGGAAAACCCGCCUCCUCCAAUAUAUAUGCAGUUCUAUUUCUUCAAUGUCACCAAUCCAGAUGAAAUCCUCCAAGGAGAGGACCCUCAUGUGGAAGAAGUGGGACCAUAUACCUAUAGGGAAUACCGACCUAGAGAGAAUAUUCGUUUUUGGGAUAAUGGGACAAAAAUAUCUGCAGUUAAUCCCAAGAGCUACAUUUUUCAAAGGAACCUAUCUGUUGGAGACCCUGAAGUUGACUUGAUCAGAACUUUAAAUAUUCCUGCCAUAACUGCUAUGGAGUGGACCAAAAUCAAUGUGCUGAAAGAGAUCCUGGAAGGACUACUAAAGACAUAUCAGCAAAAACUGUUUGUGACCCACACUGUGCACGAGCUACUAUGGGGCUACAAAGAUGAACUCUUCUCACUCAUUAGUAUUUUCAAACCAGAUAUCUCACCAUACUUUGGCUUAUUUUAUGGGAAAAAUGGAACUGAUGAUGGCGAUUAUCUUUUUCUAACCGGAGAAGACAAUUAUCUUAAUUUUACAAAGAUUCUUGAAUGGAAUGGGAGAAGGUCACUUAACUGGUGGACAUCAGAGAAAUGCAACAUGAUUAAUGGAACUGAUGGGAAUUCCUUUCAUCCAUUAAUAUCCAAAGAUGAACUACUUUAUGUUUUCGUCUCUGAUUUUUGCAGGUCAGUGUAUCUAACAUUCAGUGACAUUGGAAAUGUGGAAGAAAUCCCUUCCCUUCGGUUUACCCUACCACCCGAAAUGUUUGCCAAUAAUUCUGAUAACAGCUGCUUCUGUAUUCCAUCAGGAAAUUGUUUGGGUUCGGGUGUCCUGAAUGUCAGUAUCUGUAAGAAUGGUGCUCCCAUUUUUCUGUCUUCUCCACACUUCUACCAAGGAGAUGAGAAAUUUAUUUCAGCUAUAAAAGGCAUGAAUCCAAAUAAGGAAGACCAUGAAACAUUCAUGGAUGUCAACCCUCUGACUGGGAUUAUCCUAAGAGGAUCCAAGAGGUUACAGAUCAAUGUUCAUGUCCGACAAAUAGAUGGAUUUGAGGAAACUGGAAACAUCAAGAGUUUAGUUUUCCCAGUUAUGUAUCUAAAUGAGAGUGUUCUUAUCGAUAAAGAUUCUGCAACAAAACUCAAGUCCGUAAUAAACACCACUAUGGUCAUCACCAACAUCCCCUACAUCAUCAUGGCUCUGGGAGUACUCUUAGGUUUGAUCUUUACCUGGAUGGCAUGCAAAGGACAAGGGGCGACAGAAGAGGGCACUGCUGAUGAAAGAGCACCCCUCAUGAGGACCUGAGAUCUUCUCUACUAUUUGAGCUUGGUGAAUGAACUAUGCAAGCAGACAAAAUUCCAACCACUACUUCCUUGGGAAAGCAUCUUUGUGUUCAUCAACAAGUCAGUCAAUUAAGCAUUUAUUAAGUGCUUACUGUGUGCCAGCCACUGUGCUAAGUGUAGGGGAUUCAGACAUAAGCAAAAAGAAAAGAUAGCCCCAUCCCUCAAGGAGCUUACUUUCUAAUAAUCAGCUAAUUAAUUAAUUUGAUGCACUAUUGAUAUGGGGGGAAAUACAUCAUCAGUGUUCCAGCUGGCUGCUAAAUUACCUUUGAAGAACUGACUGACAAUGGCUGGUGACUAUACUUCUGAAAUCAUACAGCCCAUUGCAAGUUGCUUUGUGUUCAUGUUUGUGGCGGGCAUUUUAAAUAAAUACUCUAAGUAUUAAUGA